AUUUUUAGCUAUUUUUGGGUGAUGCCAAUUUAUGGGGUUCCUCUAAAUUUAGGGGAUAAAUAGUUCGGGAGGAAAUGUAGUAUGCAAUCUUAGUAGAAUUUGACGCAUAUCUGUCCUGAAUUGAAAAUUUAAGCUUCUCUAGAUUGUCAAAAACUAAUAAUUUUUAGAUAUGGUACUUGGAGCAAAACGAUUCAGGGGAAUUUUAGUUUUUAGAGGAAACUGUUUAGGGGUUUUUCACGACAGAAGGUUGGCAACACUGAAUAGAACUUGUAUAAGUCAGCAUGGAUUCGGUCGACAGGGAGAAAGCAUUAAGAGAUAUAUCCAGAUUAGAAAAAGAGGCUCUUGACAGAAUCGAAGCAGAUAGAAGAUAUUGGGAAGAAAAUGCUGCGAAAUUUAGAGCCGUGGAACAGAAAGUGGGAACUUACGAAGAAUUUGCAGACAUCGUCAAAGCCUGCCAUUUGAAACCAUUAACUAGAGACGAUUUUAAAAACAAAGAUUUAACCAAUAAGAAAUCGUCUCUUCUCGAAAUUGCCGACGAAAAUUACGAAUUUGGAAUUACUUGUCAACCCAAAACAAGACAGGAGUUUGAAAGGAGCUGGAAAUAUUUUAAAAAUGCCAAACAACGCUUUCUAUUGCUAAAAAAUUCAGAGAAACUCUUUAUUGAUUUUAUAUCCGAGCAUAUAGGAGAAUUAGCACGUGUUUUUAUUGAAUGCUUCGAUAUGGAAAACAUCCCUUUCAUUAUAGAUGUAUUAGAACAAAUCUGUCCGAUUAACAGGUUUAAGUUGUGUGUACAAUUUCUUACAAAAAAGGAAGAAAAUGAUUUGAAAAAUUUGUUUUCAAAUUUAGAAAACAGUAUUCAUGAUAAGGAACUUCGUAUGAAGCUAGAAAAGCUGAAAACUAUUUAUUUGAAUGAAAUGAAGUGCGCAUGAAAUGAAAAUGUAUAUCCUUAUACAUUUUGUACAUUAUCUCACCUUCCAUCUGUUGCUAUUUACCAAGAUUUUUUAAUGUGAUUUCAUAAUAAAAGCUUUUGUUUUCUAUAUAAUUUUACAUAUAAAUCACAACAUAUUGAAGUAAGGAUCAAUAAUUCACUUAAAAAAAAUGACAUAAAACAUUUUGCUAGAGGUGUGCAUAAUUUAAUGAAAAUCACUGUGAUAUAUGUCAUUUUUGGAUUUGAUUUAUGUAAUAUAUAUAAAAAAGACAGUUUAACAGAUGUAAAAAAUUAUAGAAUUGCUUUAACUUAAAUAAUUUUUUGUUUCAUAGUAGGAUAAAAAUUUUAUUUUGCAAACCUAGUUAUUAUAUAGCAUAUUACUGUAUGUUCUAUUUACUGAUUGAACUAUUAUCAAUAAAUUGUUUAGUCACUUUAUUAUUAUUAAAAUGUUACAAAAGUGCAUUAAAAGUUUAAAAAAAUGACAAAUAAGUUCAGUGAAGUUUUAUUAAAGCAUCUUAAUGUUUACAUUCAUUUAAAAACAAAAUUAUGUGCAAUAUGUAAUGUUAUUUGAAAAGGCAAUUACAAUAUUUUAAAAUCUAAAGCUAUUAUAUUUAUGAUAUCUUUAAUUACUUUAUCGAUGAUUUAUUGCAAUAUUGCACUUAAGAUAGGAAUUGUAAUCCAUACAAAAUAACUAAUUUCAUAUU